GUACAUCACGCUCCCUGAACCAUUUCCGCUUGUUCUGCGAGGAUAGUUCCUUCGGACAAGGUGCGCAACGAUAUGGACGGUUCGCGUCCAUCUUCUCCAGAUGCGCCUAUCCAAGACCUAUGGUCGUCGAUCCUCGAUUCGGUCUCGCAGUCGCGUUCACUCCCAACGAAACAGGUAUUAGUGCUCGGACAACCUUCCACCGGAAAGUCCACCUUGGUUUCUGCUCUGCUUAAGAAGCCACCUGUGGAUGCAGAUAAAGGAGACCACCGUUCGGACUUGCAAUGGGCCAAAGGAGAUGGUGCACGAGAGCUUGAGAUAGUGCGUGAGGAGAACCAUGAACGAUUACAGGCAUAUUUGCAGCACUACACGGAGCCCUCUGCAGACACAAUACCUGCGACGUCAAGCAUGUCCGGAACCGUGCUGCCACUAGGGCCUGGCACAUUAACACAUAACUCGGCGGGUGUGCCGAUUAUUGUAGCGUGCACAAAGGCCGACCUCAUCGACGAGAAUAACGAUGUGCUCGGGCCUGGAACCUCAGGGAUGGGUGGUAUGGUGAAGGGAAAGGGUGGAGAGUGGGAGGAGCGGACAGACAGCAUCAUGCAGGUUUUGCGGACGAUCUGCCUGAAAUAUGGGGCGGGCUUGUUCUAUACAACACCCCUCCCAGACACGCUACAGGUCUUGCGCCAGUAUGCCCUUCAUCUUCUCUUCAUGCCUCCAGCGCCGUCACCCACGAUGGCAGGCUCUGAAGCCCCAGCACCCGUCCGGAAUCCUUUCCCCUUCCCACACAAACCGAACCCCCUCGACCGAGACCGUAUCGUCGUUCCUGCAGGAUGGGACAGUUGGGGGAAGAUCGGCGUACUCAGAGACGGUUUCGAUGCGAAGACCUGGGGAGAAGCUUGGGAACGUGAUCUCGAUCGCGAUGAGGGUGAGACUGAGCCGGGAGCGAAGAAGACGUAUGCUACCCUUGUGCCCGAUCAGGGUGCCAAGCCUCCGCCGCUACCUCCUUUCAACAACCCUACACCGGAGCAGGCAUUCUUGGCGAAGAACUACGAUGAGAAUUCGAAGAAGCCAGAUCGGGAUCCUCGAGGAGCGUUCCGGAACCCCACCGACAAUGUCGCUGCAGGUAUUGUUGGCCCCAUGGGCAGCAGCAGCUUCAAUUUGCCGAACGUCGAGCGUGCUCUUACAGAGAUGGAGGGCGUAGCAGGUGGCGGAUCGAGCUCUCUUGGCACGAACACGGGUCCGGACGCUGGUCGGAAACUCUCGAGUCGAACGUCCGGUCGGCCUCCGCCAUCGACACUUGCCGUACCUCUUUCCGCUUCAAACUCUCGGUCAACCGCACCCCCAACAGGUGGUCAGACGCAGCACGAGGUUCUGCAGAACUUCUUCCAGAGCUUGUUGUCCAAUAAGGACAGGGCGUCUGGUGCCGCGGUUACGGGUCGGACGACUUCGCCCAACUCCAAGACAAACGGCAAUGCCAGCGGGACGGACGAAGGAACUUAAAGGCAGUGAAGUAUGUUCUGUGCUCUCUCUUGGUUGGGAUAAUACGAUACCAUUCUAUGCAUUAUUGGAAACACCUUCUCACUGGUGGAUGUGCGGUGCUCAGGUGCGUUCUACAGGACCUUCCUAA